AUGCAACUUCCUCCCACCGAAGUUCUUCUGACCUGGCCGACGCCGAACUAUACAAACCCUGCCACCCGUGGAAAUGCGGUACUCAUAGUGACCAUCAUUUGCUUGAUCUUAUCUACGCUCGUCACCAUUCUUCGAAUCUACACCCGGCUAAGAAUAACCUGUACAGCUGGGCUAGACGAUGUGCUCAUCAUCUUUGGUCUUGGCUUUGCAAUUGCCAUGGGCGCUGUAUUGUCUGUGGCAGAACAACAAUGGGGCUGGAACCGCCAUAUCUGGGACGUACCGCUAGAUUGGCUCCCGACGGUCUCGAAGCUGAAUCUCACCUUCCAAAUACUCUUCUCCUUGUCGUGCUCUAUAACCAAACUUUCCCUACUCUGGUUCUGCAGGCGGCUGCUCGGUGCUGGAAGCAAAGGUCUCUCUUCGCCUUAUAAUAUCGGGAUGAUAGUAGGCAUGGUUGUUGUGGGACUGUCCAGUGCGCUUUUUAUACUCUUUAGUAUAUUCCAGUGCCUUCCGAUUCAUGCCUAUUGGGACUUGGAGCCGCAGUACUCGUACCGGUGCCUCAAUGACGGAGCGAUCGUGUUCUCUGCCAGCGUCAUCAACAUCUUCACUGAUGUUCUCGUAACCAUCCUGCCAAUGCCUUUGAUCUGGAACCUGAAACUACCCACACGGCAGCGUGUUGCUGUGAUCUCUAUUUUCGCUUUGGGAAUCGUGGUCGAUAUUGCCGGAUCAAUUCGAACAGUCUAUGUUUGGAAGAGUAUGAUCGCGUCAUAUGACACUACAUGGGAAGGGUGGCCUGUUCUCCUCGCAGCAACGGUGGAAAUCAACCUUGGUUUGAUCUGCACCUCAGCUCCUGCGCUACGACCCUUGGUCACAUUCUUCCUUCCCCGCCUGCUCGGCUCUACCCACCGAUACGGUUCCAACCGCCAGAGUCGCUCCUUGAAGCUAUCCUGGAAAAUACGAUCAACAACAGAUGCGUCAAAACAAUCCAGAACUUCGCGCCAUUUCGCCUCCCAAGGGGAGACUCCAGCCGAACGACUAGAAGUGUUCCGCACAGUGGAGAUGAAAACAUACUCCGAAUCUCGCAAAGACCAGUCCAUCGGGAACGCCUAUGACAUAUCUACGGACCGCAACUACCCGAAGCAAGCGGACGAGAUACACCUAACCAACGGAAGUGGAAUCUUCCACGCCUCAUCCGCCAGCGAGAGAUCAAUAACCCCCCCUUCGCCCUCGGUCAGGAGCAUUCCGAGGGGUAUUCCCCCCCAGCCGGGCUAA